CAUGAUCCAAGGGAAUGGCACCAGAGUGACUGAGUUCAUACUAGUGGGAUUUGCAGUUCGACAAGAAUUACAAUACAUUCUCUUCAUUGUGUUCCUGGUCAUCUACAUGACUUCUCUAGUAGGCAAUGUUGGUAUGAUUCUGCUCAUCAAGUGUGAUGCUCGCCUUCACACUCCCAUGUAUUUUUUCCUCCAAAACUUGGCUUUUGCUGACCUCUGUUACACCUCUGCCAUUACUCCCAAGAUGCUAUUGAACUUCCUGGUCUUGGAUAAAUCGAUCUCAUUCUCUGGGUGUGUGAUGCAAUUGUAUGUUUAUGGCAUAUUUGCCACAAGUGAAUGUUACCUUCUGGCUGCCAUGGCUGUAGACCGUUAUGUGGCCAUCUGCAACCCACUCCGUUAUCCAGUAGUCAUGUCCCAAAAGGUCUGCAUUCUACUCAUCUCUGUCUCCUAUGUUAUGGGUUUCCUGAAUGCCACCACACACACAGGCUUUCUCUUUUCACUGUCCUUCUGCAAUUCCAAUAUAAUCAAUCACUUCUUCUGUGAUGCACCCCCAAUCCUGGUGCUUUCCUGUUCCAAUAUUGAUGUCAAUGUCAUGUUGUUAGUCAUUUUUGUGGGAUUUAACCUUUCAAAUACAUUGCUGGUUGUGUUCUUCUCCUAUGUUUACAUCCUGGCUGCCAUCUUGAGGAUGUCCUCCAAAUCAGGGAGGCACAAAGCCUUCUCUACUUGUGCCUCCCACCUGACUGCAGUCACCAUUUUCUAUGGCACACUCUUUUACAUGUAUUUACAACCUUCUUCCAGUGAGUCACAAGAGAAUGAUAAAGUGGCUUCUGUGUUUUAUGGUAUUGUGAUACCCAUGCUGAACCCCUUGAUCUACAGUCUGAGGAACAAGGAGGUAAAAGAGGCCAUGAACAUUAUCACAAAAAAAUUUUCCUGA